AAAGCAGCCGAGGCCCGAGAGCAAACUGAAGCAGGUCUACAUCCCCAACUAUAACAAGCCCAACCCUAACCAGCUGAGCUCCAACAGCAUGAAGCUGUCUGGCCUGGUGAAUGGCGGCGGGGCAGCAGGAGCUCCAGCAGGGGCUCCGGCGGCAGCAGCAGCAGCGGCGGCAGCAGCGGCGGGGGUUCCGGCCGUGGCGCCCGGGCCCGGGGGAGCAGCAGCAGCAGCAGCAGCAGCAGCAGCAGUGGUCCCGGUCAGCCAGCAGUGCUGGGCCGCGCCUGCGAGAGCUGCUACACCACCACCUCGUAUCAGUGGUACUCGUGGGGUCCUCCCAACAUGCAGUGUCGGCUUUGCGCCUCCUGCUGGACGUACUGGAAGAAGUACGGCGGUCUGAAGAUGCCCACACGCCUGGACGGGGAGAGGCCGGGACCCAACCGCAACAACCUGGUCAGUCCCAACACCUGUUCAGCCAGAACCAUGCAGUUCAAAUAGUUAUCAGAUUUACUAUUUGUGUGGAAGAAACAUGGAGUGAUGUCCUAGUAGGAAUGGCUGUUUAGCGUUAGGUCAUGUGAUCCCUUUUUAUUUUGGGAUCUGCCAUAAACUGGUAUCCAAAAAUAAUGAAUAAAGAUACACAUGAAAAUGAAACUCGCAGAACUAAAAGCUGUGCUUUUGGAGCGGUUCCUCUUUAUAGCAUGUCAUUACAAAGCGUACCUGUGUGGGUGGUAGACUGAAGUGAAGGCACAGCCCGUUCUCCCUUUUGAGAUAUGGGGAGUAGAGGAUGUCCUAAGAGAGAAGAAUGAAAUGAAAUAUAAGCAGAAAUGAAAUGUACACUGCUCCUUUCUGAAGCCAUAUUGCACUGUCAUGGUAAAAUGCUUGCAAAAUGAAGAAUAAUUAUAGCAAAAUACCCAGCUUUCACUCUAGCCCUACCCAGAGCUGUAUCUGUAUAUAUAGGGCUCUGGCCCUAACCAUCUGCUAGUCUGUCAAUUUUUUUGUCA